AUGGAAAACAAGAUUAUUGAUUCGAUCGGGAACUAUCAAUUUUGCAGCGGAUUAAAGUACUCUGAGGAGCCCGUUGUAACACCCGGAAUUCACAAGCCCACAGGGUACAAGGUAAGAUUCUGGACUAUCUCCUAAUUUCAGUGUUCAAGCUGGCCCUCUACCUUUCAUUAUGCUUUUCAAAUUUUGCGAAGCAUGAAAAACUUAUACUGUUAUGCAAACCUCAAUCCCGUCUUUUAUUAUUCUCGCAAAUCGAUCGCUAUAUUAAAGUAAAUCAGUCAGCACGAGGCUUGAUAAUCUCAGCCCGGGAGUUGAUGUGAAAAUCUGAGCCUUAAUCCGUCAGCUGAGAUGAGAUAACCAAGUAAUAUCCAUAAACUGCCAACAAGCAACCAGUGCUAUACUCGUGUUGCAAACUUUACCGCACCAACGGAACAGUUAUCAGUUAAAAACCUGUGCUGGUCUUCGUUUUGACUGAAUUGCUCAAACAUUUUAAUUAUUGUUUAAGGUGACUAAAAGGUUAUCAUUGCAAAACCGAAAUAUCUACCAGAAAGCACAUGGCGAAUUCUGGGGGAACCACUUAUAUGCCGAACCCCACGCAGAAUAUCGGCGAAACACGUGUGGCUGGGCUUUUCGAUAGUACCUGUGCUCUCAAGCACGCUCUAUCGUUUAAUCUAUGUACAGUUAGUGACCUAACUCAUGAAAUGUGUCGAAAUUUACGAAUGAUUGCCAAUCACUUGCAAACCGACACCAUUUCAUGAGUCCAGCUUCCAUGUUAAUUAGGUACAAGUUUAAAAGAAUUAAAAACAUAAAAGAAAUAUUAAAAGCAGUGUUGCGUUGUUUAGAAAUGAGAAUUUUUUUAUAAAAGCGCAAUAUCCCGAAAAAGUUAGAAAUUGCUCUAAUUUAGUUAACUUCGUUUUUAGAUGUAUAGAAUGUGGUCUCAUGAAAAAACGUAGUAAAUAUGAAUGUAGACAUUAAACAAUGUUUAAUAAAAGUGUUUUAGUGAAGUUAACAUCUAAAUAUCGUUUCAUAAGUAGUGUGAUUUCAUAUAUGACGGUUUGUCAACUGCCUACAUUCCGAAUGUAGAUUGAAAAACAGCUUUCUAGUGUUUCGUUAUUAAUUUUAUUUCUUUGAUGUAAAUGAGAUAGGUUUCAUCAAGACAAACUGGAUUUUGCUUGAUUUCACCGAUGGGGAUGUCGUAGGAACAAAAGUUUUCAUAAGGUGACAUGCCAUGAGGUCAGUCAGUGCCCAAUAAAUUUAAAUAGAACUGACAGGCGUGAUCGUAAACGUACCAUUUUGUGUUUAUAGGGGAAACUUUUCUUUCGUUAAAUUAAUUUAAGCGUUUCGCUCGUUUUGGAUUAAGUUGAGUUUCAGAUGGAUCUCGAAAUUUUGCUGAAAACUUCAUGAUUUUCAAUGUUUUCACCGGAUCGUCCAUAAAAACAGAUUCUGAAUCACCUGUCUGUUUAGAACUUUAAAAUAAGAUUAUUCUUGAAGGCAUUUACCGAAUUAGUGAGUGUUCAGGCGCUCCCUCCCACGAAAAUUGUCGUUUGGGUCACAUGUGUAGACUCAUUCAAACAUCAAACUUCAUUUUCGAGAAAAAUGACUGUCCAUAACGAGAGUCAGCAACAAAUAUGCCUUUAGUCAAUAAGAAAACUGUCCUUAAUUAGUUGCCUCUUUAUGAAGUGCUUUAUUACUGCACUAAUUUGACGGAUCUCUGUGUACUUUGCAUUUUUGCACGGUGAGUUCAAGUGAAAAUUUGACACUCUGGCCGUUUUUUUCUCACGUUCCUAAACAGUACUAAUAUUUUUCUACCAAGAACGUAAGAACACGUCUUUUUUAAAAUAUUGAGGCCAUUUCCGCCGUUUUUGCUCGCUUGUAGACUCCGUUCUUCGAUUAUGAAUGCACGGCAGAGUGCCCAUAUUAAUACUGAUAUUUUGUGGAAACGAUAAAUGUUUUGCUCGUCCUAUUUCAGAAUAAGAUAUGCACAGAAACUAAACUACACGAAAAGUAGUGUUUCAUAUGUUUAAAGCUGGAAAUGACCAUUACGUGGUGUUCAACUAUGUGACAUCAGGUAGAAUUUUCUAAACGGCCAAACAGUUUCAGCCCACUUAAACGAAGGAAUCCCUAUCUGCGUUAUUGCUACACUUUUGAGCACCAAAUUCCGCAGAUCUCUUAAUUUGACAUUUAGAAAUUGACAAAGCCUUUAGUUUUCUUAAAAUGAACUUUGUCUUAGCAGACUGAUCACCAUGGUUAACAUCGGACAUAAAAUAAAUUUUCAAGUUCGGCUAAAUCUGUUUAUUACAUCUCUCGCGGAUAAGUUACUAUGCUUUCAGGGAAAAAGUCGCUCAAAUAUGUAACCGGAGUCAAGGACAUGUAUUAGCAUAGGAAAUUCCCCGAAAAUAUAUUUCAACGUCCAUUUUCGCUAAAUUCUACUGAUAUUUUACUUGAUAUUAUUACGUAAACACAAUUUCUGCACAAGAAAAGGACAUUUUAUUGAAGGAAGCGGAUAAGCAAACAAAAUGCUUAGCAUUAAAGUCGUCCAGAAAUUUUCUGAUCAGUUUCCGUUAUCACAUUUCAUGAGAUAGGCCACGUAUUGUAUGUACUACUGGCUGCCUCCUGGUUGUUUAUGAAUAUUAUGCGGUUGCCACGUUGUAUCUGCUAACUUCAUUUCUCGCAUUUGGACAUGAGAAUGUUCUGCUUUUAAGUUUAGCGAACUACUCUCAUACAUGGUAAGCUGUUUUAAUCUCCAGUUUGUUACUUAGAAAAGAAUUACAGUGCGUGACCGAUCUCAUGAAAUGUUGGCCGAAAUUAUGAAAUGUGUUUUCUACUAGGAAGGAUUACUUCGAUUAGAUUGUUAUAUUAAUUAGCAUGCAGCAUAAUCCUAUAGUAUAUCGAACUCAACAGGAUGUCGACUUUUGGAAGCAAUUCUUUUCGACAUUCAGCAGAAACCGUGAUCUGCAAAUAAUGAUUACUUACUUAGCAUAUAUUUUUCGUAUUGAUUUUCGAUGGUCUUUCAAAUUCAAAUAUAUUAUAAAAACCUGCAUAGAACAUGGCUUUUUUACUCGUUCGUAUAAAAUCACACCGUCUUCAUAAUUUGCACCCGAAGAAAGUGCCUAUUUAGGUUUUAAAAAAGAGUCUUAUUAUGAGAUCUUCAGUACCGUGCUAUGUCCAUAUAUACAACAUCGUACAUGUCCGUUUACCAAGACUUCUCAUGAAAUGUAGAACACAGUCCGGAUCCACGGCAGAAUUUUAUGAACCACAUAUGGUAUCUCCUUAAAGGAAUUGAGCAAUAUAUGAUUUUUCUUAUGCGGAAAUCAUGCGUCUUGUAGACUGCAAUCGCUAAACGAUAAUGCAAUAGCAGACCUGGCUGAAAAUUAUUCGUGAAUUUGAAAACCUGUUUGAAACCUAAAUCACUACGAAAUUUUGAAAAUCAAUACGAAAAAUGCAUGCUACUUAAGUAGUCAUUUUUUCAGAUCACGGUUUCUGCAGAAGGUCAGAAAGGAGUGCAUCCAAAAAUCGACAUCCUGCUGUGUCCGAAAUGCUAUAGGACUAUGCUGCAUGCUAAUCAAUAUUACAAUCCCACCUAACUUAUUCUUCCCAAUCGAAAACACAUCUCAGAAUUUCGGUCAACAUUUCAUGAGAUUGGUUACGCACUGUAUAUGUAGAGCAGGCUUGCGUAUCAGCAGACGUCAACUUCCUGGUGGGUAGUGAUAGGCACAUUUUUUGCAAUUCAAUAGAAAGCCAGCCUAAAUUUAUUUAAUAGUGACUCCUGUUGCGUUUAUUAUACAAUCAAUUUGGCAGGUUUUAAAAACAGAUUCGUCCGUUGUAAAACCGUGAGCCUUGCCCUAUGUCUCCUUCUGAAGGUUCUUAUUAAAACGGUCAGGGGCCAAAACAUGCAAGGCCAGGAGAUGCGCAAACUGUUGUCAAUGGAAGCGACAAUGUUGGCCCGCAUCUCUCAUCCAAAUAUCGUACAAUUCUAUCAAUUGAUCAAGGUAAGAUUAGCGCUGAUUAAGCCUUUUAGGGAUUUUCUGCUGCUGCUCUCCCAAGAUUUCUGCUUAUAAAAAAAAUUUUCCUGGGUAUUAUCCUAAAGCAAAGUCACAUUCUUUGCUUUAAUGAGUGCUACCUGAUUAGGAUACGUUUCCUUCGGAAAAAUACUAAGUGCUACUACUUACUGGAUUAGUAUGAAUUGGUUAAAUGUACUUGUGAGAAAAUUAGAAAAUCACAAUUCCAUAUCAAACGCUACUUGCGUAAAGUUUUAUCUAUAUCUGAAGACGAGGUGUGGAAUAAAAAAAAUCAGAACGCGCUCGUCAGUAAGAAUUGGAACGUCAUAAUUAACUCACCUGUUGGCAUCAAAUUACAUUAAGUUCUGUUGAUUGAUUCAGUAAUUCGAAACACAAAAUAAUACUUCAGCAUUUGCCUAUCAUUCAAAUUCUAAAAAAGAAUAUUUCAAGACCCACGAUCGGACAACCACCUCUGGGUUGCCGGUCAACACCUGAGUUUAAAGUUCUGUGCAGUGUGUACUUCUUUUCGCGUUCAAAAAAUGGUAAGUGGGCUAAAUAGACGAAAACUUCUAUUACUAGACCCUUCAGGCGCAGCGUUUGACAUGAAAACUGGCUUUGCUUGCAAAUGGUUUUAGGCCAUGUUUUUCUAUGAAACCUGCAGAAUAUGUACCGGAAGUCCUGACUCAAAUUUUAAAGCUUUCCCAUUAUUAUACCAAGAAUCGACUUCCUAUACAUAACAUUUUUCGAAUUACGGCUGACCUCCGCCUGCACACGAAUUCACUUGUUUGUGGACUGCAUUUUUCCUAAAUCAGUUUUCACCCUGGUAAAAGUAGCAAUCGUAGGUGCAUUCACAAGUAGCUGUAGGCCAUAUGUUUUAAAAAUAGCGUUUUGUGACGAAUUUUAAAUAACAUUUAAAUCUUUUAAGAUGAUAGCUGAAGGCAUAUUUGGUGCCUAAACAUUGAAAGGUCAGCUAUAUUUGUGCACUUCAGUUAUUCGCGGGUAGCUGGGGUCCUCACCUCAACGAAUACCGGGGGUUCAACUAUAUUAGAGUAAGGUGAAUUAAUUUUUUGACUUUAUAGAUGGGGUUAGUUCUUUGGGUACGUAUUCAGUUUACAAGACUUGAUCGUUGCAGCAAGAAUUUCACUGGCCCGACGUUUCGAGUAUCACUCGGAUGCAUCGUCAGAGGUGCAUAAAGAGCGUAUAAUUUAUGAUACGCAGCUGUGAUGCUGCUGCAUACUUAAUAUAAUUAUUAACACCUCAUUCAUCGUAGAGGGUCGUGUUUAGAUGCGAGGAUUGUUUCGCAGUCUGCACUCGAGUCGGUAACCGCCAGGUAAAUAUUAUCAAUUUUUGAUAGUAAUUUUUAUCCCGCAUGUUGAAUCGCAUUAACCUAACCUAUUAGUCAUCCCCUCCUUCCGUGAAUAAUUAAUUUGUCUGGGCAAAAUCUCAGUAAAACCUAUGCAGGCAAAUGGUUGCUGCGCUUGUUAAUCGACUGUGGUCCAGAAAAUCAUAGUUAUAUUCAAAAAUAGACGCAAAGUUAUACAAACAAGGAGCUUAUAGUAAACAGAAUACUGUCUUACUCGCCCGACUGAGUCUACGCUAGCCCUUGUACUGUUAAUUUUUUACGACGAUGCUGAUGACGUAAAAGGAGCAUCCAACAUCAAUUGAAAAUCUCUACGUAAGCUAAAUGACGAUUAUUCAAUGGUCUGACGUCUACGAAUGAGAGGAAACUUCUCUAGCAGAGCCUAAAACACCAUCCUGUGCUAAGUGAGCCGUAGUUUUACUCUUAUUUAAUCAACACCAUAAAUGUAUUAUAACAAUCUUGUUCGAUCGCAAAUUCGAACUAAUACCGCACACUUAAUAACAUAGAUCUGCGAGCAACGUUGCGAUUACAGCGAAGCAUACACCGGUUACUGAUGAAACGUUUAUUUGGGUCCACAAAACCUUUGCAUUCUUAUUAAUUUUAUUUGAGCUUUAAAAAGAAUAUAGUUUAGAACUUUUGGAAGACACUCCACAUAACGCUACAAUCGACAUCUUGCACGCAGUUUGGUUUAGGUCUUUGCAAGCGUUGACCUUAUAAAAUGACGAUUGAUCUUUUCAGGAAAAGACCUUCAAGUGGUGGAAAUUGCAUGAGUAGAGUUGCAGAACUGAUUUCAGUUGAACAGAAGUUGCAGAAAUUUCAACAUACUGACUUUUUUGAAAAAUACGGCAUUGACAGAGAUCCCAGUGAGCGCGGUGAGAGUCUGCGCCUGGGCGCACCACAGUAUCCAGUUUUGUCACAUCUUAUGAAUACCCAUUCCCAAUAAAACAUACUGGACCCCAAUCCUGCCUCUGUGUUAGUUCAGCACAUUUACCGCGUGGCUGAACAGUAAGAGACAUGGACUAGAAUAUUUCUACCUCUGAGUUAACGGAGAACCCAGUAACUCUACCAAUAACCACAGACGCAAAACAGAUGAUUCGCUGGCAAAUGACAGAAAAAAUGCCUGUAUUUCCACGCUUCGAAGUCUUCGAACCUAUCAGUCAACAAGCCACUGGUUGCAAGCAUGUGAAGUCAGGCAGGCCAAAUGUUUAUAGGGCGUUCUUUGUCUACAGGUCUGACUGUGGACACGAUGUCUGGAACUACUUCAGAGGGGACCGGACGCGACAGCACGAACACAAACUAUCGACUAAAUGUGCCAGUCUGAAUUCCGGGCUCACACUCGGGGUCUGAUUAUUGGUUAAGAGAUCCGACAGCAGGCGUAGUGAUCUACACUCUAGGUAGUAAGUCUUUCUCCAGUCACUGAGCCAAGUUAGCAGGACAAGAGGGGAUUAAAGCGCCUCAGCCAUCAGAGUGACUGCUAACUUCCCUUACUAGUGAGGAAGGUCGGCAGGACCCGUUAAAGCUAACACAGCUGCUUCUAGUGCGCUCAGCCAGGAUUACGUACUUCGUAUGCAUGCGUUUAUAACACUGCGGCAAGUACCUUCGUUUCCAUCUCUGCCAGUCAGUAUCACAAAGAAAAAACCGGACAUCAACGUCCAAGGCCAGCCGCAUCUAACUUACAACAGCCGAGCGAGUUAUAUGUGUUUCACUCUUCACCAGUGAGCAAAAGGUCAUACGGCCCAAACCGCCCGAGUGCAAACAAACUUGUCGCCGUAACGUCCUCCAACUGCUCCAGGGUUGGCAGAAGAACAGGCGCCCUACUCCUCUCCCCCCACCCUCCUCCAUAAUACGAGUGGCCAUCUGUUAUCUUUCGGGGAAAGACAAGUUAGGUUUUGAGCUAAAUUUACGGAUAGGGUUAGGCCGCCUGUGCCACUUGGUUGCCCAUUAUCAUGUCUUACUCCCAUCAGUCUCCGGGCUGAGUUUCUUUCAUUCACUAAUUCAAACUACAUGCACAUAGGCAAGCUUUGUGUACGUAAUUUCCAAGAUGAAUUUAUUUUAUCGCCGCUGCGCUGAUAUCUCAACACAAGAAUAGAGGAGUUGAAAUGGGAGCUUUGGCCGAGGUUGCUUAAUCCGGGAAGCAAUUGUGCCAAAAGAAAAUAACCAGAAAUAUUUAUUUUUAUGUGCCUGAGAAAAAAAAAUGAAAAAAAGUCACGUUAGCUGUUGUGUGCGAGUGGUAAAGAUGCUUUAAAAUGACCAUCAGGGUAAAAAAAUAAGUCCACACCGUAUCCUUUUGACAACGCCUUCAAAGCAGCAUUGAAUACAUUUGCCGUUUUAAUUAAAUGCUUAAACUCAUGUCGCUUUUUAAUUUUAUGACAAUAUAGACAAUCAAAAUUUGUGAUACCACAAAUUUCUUACAUAUUCAGCCCUUUGGAUUAACCCAAAUGCUUCCCAGAAUGAGUAAACCUGGCCAUAAACCAUACCCCUGUCAAAAUAGUUGCAAGUUUACGUCCUCCGUUUAGCAAAGAAAUCCGUUUAAAUAAUUGCUCGAAGCUCUUCCAGAUCUGCGCAUGCAAAUUCAACCAGUGGUGGCCGCCUAUCUUCAGUUUUAUUUAAAUUCCCCCAAGGCGAAAACUGAUGCGUUACUGCGCACUUUUAGCCUAAUUAAUAAACUCGAGCAUAACUUUAUCCAGCUGGCUUCUGUGCGUCCAUGACGGCGCCAGUUUGAUACUCAUCAGACAUAAAUCAUGUAUUGUUCAUUCCUGAAUAAUUAAAAACCCUAUGUAUCUGCAUCUGCAUAACCAGCAGUUAAAGAACUUGACGCGCUGUUAUGCAUCGAGACGUGGAACGACAACACAUCUCAGUCGCAAUUUGAACACAGGCGGAAAUAGACGUAAACGGGUCUAUUGGCUUCCCGAAGCAAGCAAGCUCCCUAUGCGUGACAAAGGUCGCGAACUGACGACUAACCACCAGGCCGAAGUCGUUUAAGUUAUAAUAAAAGAGGGAGGGCGGCAAACAGAGAAUGCAGGUAGUUUGAUAUAACACAGUUUUGGACUUGUUUUGCCGUUCAGUCAGCUAAUCAUCACUCUGACCACCAGCUGGGACUCGAAACGCAAACAUACGCUUGCAUCCAGCGCAGAUGGUUUAUUGAAGGGGUCUGGUAAAUGUGUAAUAAGCACUUCUACUAUUCCUCGCCAGUUGUUAGGUGGAUUGCUGCACUAAAUAUAAAUGCAUGGGGGCGCAUUCUAAUCAUUUGUGCAAUAUCUAAUCUAGUCGCCAUGUCUUCCAGACAGCCCUCUGUCAGAAUUUCCGACCUUCAAUUACCUAAGGGGCUGUGCUGAGUAAGUCAUUGCGCCUUCUCUCUUGUUGUACAUGACAGUUCAACCGUCGUUGCCGACGAUGUCCACCGUGGGUUCCACAACAAGGCGGAGCAAGGACGGUGCCUUACGCGUGAAUUAGUUUACAGUGGUAAUAGACUUGCACAGUAUCUACCGCACCGUCUCAUCUUCCCCACCUGGGCACGGCGUCAAGACGUAGUCAAGACGACUGGAGCCGAGGGGAGGGAGCAGGGGGAUGACACGGUCGAGCCCGCACCUUGACGCUUCACUCCGCACCCCCUUGUCCAGACGGUAAAUGACCAGGUUUUUGACCAACAACAACAAUACGGGGCGACAGGGGUCCCAGUGUGUGCGACGUCUGCCGACAGCCCGAUUCUGCUACCGCAGCCCGAAAUGUCAGCAUUAGUUAUGUUGAGCAAUCUGAUAACUCCUGCCAGAAUUCGAUAUGGCACCCGUGUUAUUUCAGCGCCUCUAAUACGUGGACCGUUUGAGGGACCCCUCCUUUUAUACAUUCACCUUAAAACUUAAUGGCUCUUCUGGGCUCUCUUAUUUUCGUUAUUGCGCUUUUUCUAGUUGCUUUUUUGAAAGAAAGAGUUGUUAAGUCAACCAUUUCGGCAACAGACGACGUGUUACUGAGCAUAAAACAGAAAGUUCGAUGGUCUCGAAUGAACAGUUAUACCACUGUCACACGUACGAACGGAUGACUGGAGAGUUAUAAGAUUCUAUAGACUGUGAAAUGUCCAUUCAUAAAGCAUCUUCCAUGUACAUUCACCAAAGCUGUUUAUGAAAUAUAUACCAUUGUCUUCAUUCAUUACAUAGCAUAACAAGCCCUUCAUAGCCCUUUCUUCCCGGCACAUAAAAAUUAUCAUUUUGGUUUACAGUUUGCAAUUCAGAAAUCCCGAAUGCAAGUGUAACCACAGGUAGGGGUCUAAGUUACUCAGGGAUUGAAAAGACUUAAAACCGAAAUAUGUCAUUUAUUCAAACCCGAAAUUCGGAAUGGAGGUAAUCUACCACCAAAAAAGUACGAAAAAAGACAAUUUUUCCUAUGAUUUUCAUAAAAUAUUUUCAAAUUUAUAGGUGUAUCAAUGACCAAUGGAAAAAAUUCGUACUGUGCAAGUAGUCAUUUUUAUAAAGUGCAGUUCUGUGGAUGGCUGGAAAGAAGUUCCUUUAAAAGAAGGCAGUCCACAGCAUUUGGGAUACCUUAUGAUUAUGCUGAAGAACAUUUAAUGUUGAAAACUUACUUACGUAAUCUUUACAAGUCAAACACACAUUUCGGAAUCCCGGGUAGCAGUUCUUGAGAUAGCUCAUUUAUUGUACAUCACUUGAAGUGUUUUGAAAUAAGGUUAUUUAUAGCUGGUCUCGUCACAUAUGUUCCCUCGUCUGCUCCAAAAAAUCUUCCAAUUUUUUGCUUAGUUUUCGAUGCUUUAUCUCAGUGGACGUGACAGAUUGCCAAAAUGCAUUCAUUGGCAUGGAUUUGUCGAAGUCAUUUAAAAAGCUCUCCGGUGGAAAAAGGAGUGUUUUGCCCUAUUCGCUUUCACCGCGCUCCCCCAUACUGAUCCUCCUAGGACGUUGUUCAGCCUUAAAUCUCAAACUGCGUCCAUGUGAAAUUCUCAUGUUUAAAAUUGUUGACUACGAAGGAAGGCCUAUCUUCCGCGCUUUUUACUUAUGGUUCCUCUUCCUCACAGCAUAUGGAUAUUCAGAGCCUCGUGACAGAGUACGUCGGUGGUUUUUCUGUGGAGCAAACGCUCAAGCUGUUUCCUCAAAAGC